CUUGAAUUAGUUUAUUUAAGCAAACAACCACCAAUUUUCAACCACUUUCAGGUGGCCGAAGCACUUCUCAACCCACUUGGUGAAGAUGAUGAUGAUUUUGAAUGCAACUUUCUAAUAGAUAAGAAUAUCGCUGUAAGUAAACAAAAUCGUACCUUUGAGACUGGCUUGUCGAUUGUGGACGAAACAUACGACUACUGCCCACCUCUUUUUCCCGAUCGUUUCAUGGAUCCUAACUAUGUACCCGUCUAUUCUGAAGAUAGCCAAAAGAAUGGUCAUGACAACGUGCUUGUGGGAUCGGCCGAAGGAAUUAAGUAGGU